GCGGGAUGGAGACGGCGUCGCGAUGGAGGAUGGCGUGCCUAUCGUGCGCCUCACAGGCCCGGACGACCCCAUGUCCCGCCUCAAUCGGCCCAAGUGGCAGCGAUGGCUCAUCGUGAUCGUCGUCACGUCGGGUGCCUUCUGCGUGACCUGCUGCUCGUCCAUGAUCGCCUUUACGUACCCGGGCGUCGAGGACGAGUUCCACGUCAGCCAGGAGGUCGCCACGCUCGGCCUGUCGCUCUUUGUCCUCGGCAUGGGUCUGUUCCCUCUACUCGUCGGCCCGCUGUCCGAGUGGUACGGCCGCUCGCCCGUCUACUUUGUCGGCUUCGCGCUCUACAUCGCCUUCAACUUUAUGGUCGCCUUCUCGAACAACAUCGUCUGCCUCCUCAUCGGUCGCUUCCUCGGCGGCGCGGCCGGGUCCGCCUUCCUCUCGGUCGCAGGCGGCACCGUUGCCGACGUGUUCAAGCCGAGCGAGGUCGGCGCGCCAAUGUCGUUCUACACGUCGGGCCCGUUCCUCGGCCCCGUUGUCGGGCCCAUCAUCUCGGGCUUCAUCAACGAGAACCUCGACUGGCGCUGGACGUGGUGGAUCCUCAUCAUCUGGGCCGCCCUCGAGCUCGUCCUCCUCAUCGUCGUCGUCCCCGAGACGUACCUGCCCGCCGUCCUCAAGAAGAAGGCCGCCAAGCUGCGCAAGGCCGGCAGAACCGACGUGCGCGCCCCGAUCGAGGUCGACACGAGGAGCAUCACGAGCGUCAUCAAGACGAGCUGCAGCCGACCUUUCCAGAUCCUCCUCACCGAGCCGAUGGCGCUCGCCCUGUGCACCUGGACCGCCAUCCUCCUCGGCAUCCUGUACAUGUUCUUUUCGGCAUUCUCGACCGUGUAUCGACCUUACGGCUUCUCGACCCAGAUCGUCGGCCUCACCUACAUCCCUCUCGGUAUCGGCAUCAUCAUCGGCUCGCUGUGCCACCCCAUCUGGGCAGGCUUCUACCGCCGCAAGACCGAGCAGCUCGGUCGCCGCCCGCCGCCCGAGGAGCACCUGCGCAAGGGCCUGUACGGCGUCGUCCUGUGCCCGAUCUCGCUCUUCUGGUUCGCGUUCACGACCUACACGAGCGUGCACUGGAUCGUCUCGCUCAUCGCCACGGUCCCGUUCGGCAUCGGCCUCGUGUGGUCGUUCCAGGCCGUGUUCGUCUACCUCGUCGACGCGUACCGGCCCGUCGCCGCGAGCGCCAUGGCCGCCAACUCGGCCAUGCGGAGCUCGUUUGCCGCAGCCUUCCCGCUCUUCACGACGGCCAUGUUCCGGUCCCUUGGGACACAGUGGGCCCUCGCGCUCGUCGCCUUCCUCUGCCUCGCCAUGGUCCCCUUCCCCUUCCUCUUCUUCAAGAUGGGCCACAAGUUCCGCAAGAACUCGCGCUUCGCCAACACUGAGUAGACCUUGGAGCCGUUAGACCUGUACUUCCAUAUGCAUCGUUCUCUCGUC